ACCGUACAAUCGACUCCAAAGUCUAGUCUCAUGUGGCCUGCUGCUGCUGGAAACGGCCGCUGCCCGCUACCCGGUGCCUCCCAGUCCAGUCUCUAGUCUCAUAUCAUAGUCCCUCUCAAUCGUGGAAUUCUUGCAAAUGCAACCUCCAAAGUCAGUCGAGUCUCCCCAGCCGGCGUAACCCGCAUGACCCGCCAGAAUCAUGCAGUCAAAACCCCAAAAAUGCUCCUGGAUCCAAAGUUUCCUCUCCCGGCAUCAGCCACGUGCAGCUACGAUCGAUCUACGUACCGUGGCCGUGGCCAUGGGCGCGCACCCCAACGCCAAGGACGACCCGCGGUUCCCAUGUCGCCGCCGAGCCUGCGUGGACCCACCAAUUCCACCGAAGACGCCGCCAGAGGUGCCCAAGCCCAACACCAAUCGGGUGGUGGACGCUCCGUCGAGCUACGCCACGGCCGGCAAGGUCCUGUUCGUCGCGGCCGGGGCGUUCGCGGGCGUCCUGCUGGCCCUCGUCGCGCUGCACCUGUACAACAGCGGCCGGCGCCGGCGCGCGCGCGACCGUCGCCGCCUCGGCCGCAGCCUGGCCAUCUACGUCGGCGGCGCGGACGAGGAGGCGCCUUCGCCGCGGGGGCUCGACCCCGCGGUGCUCCGCGCGCUCCCCGUGGUCGCCGCGGCCGUCGGCGCCGGGGACUGCGCGGUCUGCCUCGCCGAGUUCGAGCGCGGCGAGGAGGCGCGCGCGCUGCCGCGGUGCGGCCACCGGUUCCACGUCGAGUGCAUCGACGCGUGGUUCCGCGGGAACUCCACGUGCCCCCUGUGCCGCGCCGCCGUCGAGGCGCCGGACGACACCGCGGCCCGUCCCGAGGUGCGCGUCGACGUGGCGGCCGACGACGACGCCGCGGCCAAGGGCGGUGCGCCGGUGACAGGGGAGGUUGUCGAGCGGCACGGAUCUUGACAAGACGAGGCGGGUCUUUGCUCCCACCCGAUCCGCUUCCUUCUGACGUGGAUGCGAUGCGAGGAAGCUUCCUUGUUCCUUCCGGCACAGAUGUGCACCAGCGUCAAGGACCAUCAUCAAUUUGGGGGGGCAUUUAUUCCAUCUGACUGAAUAUAUUUUUGUUGGUGAUGCUCGGUGUGGCUAAUUUUCUAGUACAAAUUUAGCACAUAGAAUUUUUUUAAGGUGAAUUUGGCACACGGAUAGCAUUGCACCAGAAGAAAUGACGCGCUACGACCCGGCGAAAACCCAAGGCCCAACCUUAGUUGGUGGUGCCAUGGUGAUGUGCUUCAUUGCUCUAUUUAUUGAAUGUAUUGUUUGGAUGCCUCCUCUGCUGGUGGGCGUUGCUCCCCUUCCUACGGUAGCGGUUUAGGCCUUCAACUUGACUUUCGCUUCUUCGAAUUUUGCCUCGACAGCUUGGGAUUGCUCAGACUCGGCCAAGGCGAAAUCCUUGCUCGAUCUCUCAAUGCCGGCAGCGCGACACCCCUGGGUGCCGUCACCUUCUUGGAGGCGCUGUCAUGACCGCUCCCUGUGCCCUUCCUCAAGCAGCAGGGGAAACUCUAGGUUCGGUUUUGCGGAUCGGACGACGAUGGCGUCCCGGCAUCGUUC